ACCGUGCGGUCGUGGAAAAUCAUAAACCAGCAGUUUUGGAAAAGUCGGAUUUUCCCUGUCUCACCCCCUUUGCACUAUCGAGAGUAGUGGGUGGCGCUUUGCCCAUCGCGCUGUGUUCUAUCGAAUGUGAAAGAAUACGCGUGCAGCUGGUUUGAUCGAUAUUUGGUGAACUUUUAAGAAGAAGGGGGAGCUCAACAAGUGAUCGAAGAUUAAUUUAAAAAAAAAGUUGUUUAAAGCGAGUCGCUGAAAAUUAGUGCGAAGGAAACAGAAGCAGAUACUCGUUGCCACUUUGGACACGAACUCAUUUCGGAUCGAAACGUGACAGCCAAAACCGUGACAUUGGAGCACAGAAGCUACCCCACCGCAGCAGUCACGUGGUACGCAACGGAUCCCCAACCAGCACCACCAGCACCGUCGAUACUACUGUCAACAGCACUAUCCCAACGGCAGCAACGUCCAGCGCAUCGCACCCGGAUACCGCACCACCGCCGGCGGUCCCCAUUCGGCAGCACUAGUACAAGCUAUGACCACUAAGGUGGACGGCCCUGGUGGUCCUCGAAACAACGGCCACGAAAUGGCACCGCUCAAUACGCGAGCCCGCGGGGAUGGCACCCAUGGUGUCACCAUCAUGCUGUCCCCACCGGAUCGAAACUCGGUCGGAUCACGGGAGGGAGCCGGUCUCCCCGAUGGCGAUCCCGAUCGGGCGGCCUGGUCUGGCAAGAUGCAAUUUUUCCUCAGUAUUAUCGGAUACUCCGUCGGGUUGGGUAACAUCUGGCGGUUUCCGUACCUGUGCCAGCAGAACGGUGGAGGUGCCUUCCUCAUUCCGUUCAUGAUUAUGUUGAUCCUGGAGGGUAUUCCCCUGUUCCUGAUCGAGCUCGGAAUGGGCCAACGGAUGCGGCUCGGUGCCCUCGGGGUGUGGAACACGAUACACCCCUGGCUCGGCGGUAUCGGCAUCUCGUCCUGCAUUGUGACGCUAUUUGUGGCGAUCUACUACAAUGUGAUUAUCACUUGGUGCUUCUACUACUUCUUCAAUAGCUUUCAGGUCACUCUGCCGUGGGCUACCUGUCCGCAGUUCAACGGUACCGAUUUGCCCGAAUGUGAACGGUCCUCGGAGACCGCCUACUUUUGGUACCGAACAACGCUGGACGCAUCGCCCAGCAUCGAGCAACCGGAAGGAUUCAAGUGGUGGAUCGUGCUGUGUCUGCUGCUGUCGUGGACGGUAGUGUUCUUCAUCGUGAUGAAGGGCAUCCAGAGCUCGGGCAAGGUCGUCUACUUUACCUCGCUCUUCCCGUACAUCGUGCUGACGAUCUUCUUCAUCCGAGGUAUCACGCUCAAGGGAGCCGGCGCCGGUCUAAUGCACAUGUACACUCCCAAAGUGGAAAAACUGCUGGAACCGACCGUAUGGUUGGACGCGGCCACCCAGGUGUUCUAUUCGUUUGGGUUGGCCUUUGGAUCGCUGAUUGCAUUCGGCAGCUAUAAUACACCGAAAAACAAUUGCGUCCGGGACGUGAUUCUGGUGUCGGUGUGCAAUGCCGUUACCGCAAUCUACGCCAGCGUGGUGAUAUUCGCCAUUCUUGGCUACAAGGCAACGGUCGGCGUCGAUCGGUGUAUUGCAGUAAACAAAGGAAUUCUGUUCAAGCAUAAUAUAAUUGACUCGAUACAUGUGGAAAACGAUAUUUACGAGGCGAAAAUGAACAGCUUAGACGAAGCCACCAAGGCGAAUUGGACCUUUGAGCACUGCAGUCUGGAGGAACAGUUGGAUAGCGCCGCCGAGGGAACCGGCCUCGCCUUCAUCGUCUUCACCCAGGCCAUCGUCCAGCUGCCGGGAGCACCCUUCUGGGCCGUCCUGUUCUUCACCAUGCUGCUGUCGCUCGGACUGGGCUCGCAAAUCGGCAUCCUCGAGGGCAUGCUGUGUACGAUAUUCGACAUCGAUAUCUUUAAGCGGAUUAGAAAACCUUACGUCACAGGUGUCGUUUGCUUAUUCUGCUUCACGGUGGGAUUAGUCUUCACGACCGGAGCGGGUGAAUAUUGGCUCAAGAUGUUCGAUUCGUUCGCCGGAACGAUUGGUCUGGUUGUGGUAGCAUUGAUGGAAACCAUCGCCGUCAUCUACAUCUACGGACAUAAGAAAUUCACGGAGGACAUCUAUCAAAUGACCGGAAUCCGACCCGGUAUCUACUGGCAGAUGACAUGGAGGUAUAUUGGGCCCGUCAUCAUGUUCAUCAUCCUAGUGUCUUCGAUUCUGAGUAUGAUACUCAAGAGUCCCACCUACUCAGCGUGGAAUGGUGAAUUGGGCAUUACCGAGACCAAAUCCUACCCGGACUGGGUUUUGGGUAUUGCUCUGGCGAUGAUUGUCGCAUCCGUGCUUCCGAUGCCGCUGGUGUUCCUGCUGCGACGAUUCCAGAUCCUCAAGGUGGACCUCGACAUCCACCAGGGCUCGAUCCGGCGUAACGAGACGACGGCCUCCACCAAGGAGAUGAUUGACGAGGACGACGAUGAUGAUGACGACGAUGACUUCAGUGGGCCGGCCCUGGGUGGACCGGUGAACGUACGCAGCGACAGUGACGACGAGGAUGAGCCCCCCACCAUGGGCAAGAUGCUGUCGAACAAGUCCUCGUCUCAGGCCGCCAACACGACAACCGCCCAUCAGACGUUUCAGUUCAAAAAUCAGCACCAUCUAACGCCCAACCCGCUGGCCGCGAGCCCGACCCGGAAGAAACCCUUCAGCAUGGAGGUGAUGGAUUUCUAGGAUUCCUGUCCAGAAGAAGAAAAAAAAACAGCCAGCAACAAAAAUCGUACUUAAGCAAAAAGAAACAAACAACCAAGCUCAGCUAUAUUUUUAUAAUAGUGUUUUUAGAUUGUGUACGUGUACAGAUUUCCAGACACUUGUUUGAGAGAUUACUCGCAUAUUCGUCGGUCUUUCUUAUUAUUUUUCUGUUUAGUUCGUGUUAAGUUGUUUGUAUAUAUCUUGUUCUUGUAUGAUAGUGAGAGAGCCGUAGUUUUGAGGUUACAACCAAAGAAAGCAGCCCCGUAUAGUGUACGUACUGUUACGCUAAGUUAGUCGAGUUACUCUAGAUGCUAGAGAAUAAACAGUGAGAAAUAUGAUUGGAAAUAAUGCUGUGCCAGAAAAUUUAAGUAAACUACUAACAGUAAGCCAAAAUGUGUUGGUUUCUUUCCAAAGUUUACUUUUUGUUUGUUCAAGAAUUUCAUGAACCUCGUUUCGAAUCACCCACUACAAACAUGACAGAAAGCCCAGGUUUACGCGCUGAAUUGCAUCGUUAUCAAUCGUCAGAGACCCCUGCACUUAUGUUAAACGAUAAACAAAUAAGAACGAAAACAAUAAGCAAAACACUUGAUAUUACUCAAUGCAUACAAAACAAAAGUAGUUUAUACAAACCACGGAGAAGGAGGGAAAACAGUUUAUUGAAAACAGAAAAGGAUGUAGUUUAUUUUUAACGGACGGUUUAGAUUAGUUGUAAACUUUGGGAAAAGAGCAGUUUUUCACUCUCGAUUCUGAUGGAUUCGAUUUUUCUGAGUAUUUUAGUAAGUGAUAUAAUUUGUAAGUAGCGAAACCGUAACCUAGUAGCAGGAAUUCAAACGAGCAAACAAAGAAAAGAAAAAAAAAGCCGUAAGCAGCCAAUUUGAUGUUUUUUAAGAUUUAAGAACAGCAGAAUUGAAACUGAAUGGAUUGGAGAAGUUAUUUCAUCAAAUUAACCUUGCCAGAAAGCAACUUAUGACAGACGUGAAUUUAAUGUUUAAGUGAAAAUGUUCGAGAAAAUGCGAAAAAAACUGAAAAAAAUAUCAUUAGAGCGUAGUAGACUGGUUCAUUUGAGAGACUUAACCGUGUAAAACUUUAAGGCAGAAUUCAAACUGGUUCUUUUGCAACUGUAAUCUUUGGAAUUUAACGCAUCUACUCGAAAUAUGUUUACCAAAUUGCACUUAAUGCACAAUUACAGCUUAAAAACAGAAACAAUGUGUACAUAAAAUGAUGUUCCUUCCUGAGUUAUUCGACCUAAAUAUUUAUUUCUUACAAGGAAAAUUACUGACAUGACGAGAAAAAAAACAGAUGAAAAACAAUAAAAAUUGUGAUCAAUAUUAUAUUUAAUGAGAAAACAACGUGUAGUUUGUAAGUUAAUGUUUUAAGAGUUAAGAAGAAAAAAAUAUAAAAAAAGCAAAAAACAAGUGAAAAGUUAGUAUAUACCUGAUACCACAAAAGUAAAUUGGAAUGUAAAACAAGAAAACAAAGGAAAAUAUCACUCAUCCAAGAGUACCUUCAAAACCCGCAAAGACGAAAUGAAGCAAAUGCAGCCGAUCGGAGGAGGCCACGGCAUGAACAAGUAUUAAAAUUUCUUUCCAUUACGAACAUACACACUGACACAAAACAGAUCCUGCAUGCUGAUGUCUGUUUUCUUACAAGGUGUCAAAUAAACAAACAAAAAACCUUUUGCUCAUCACAUUUGAAAUUUUCGUUUGCAACCCGCUCGGAAGGUAGGUUUGUUCGUUGAUCGACGUAUUUCAAUGCAGUAGCGCAUAUGGUGCCAGUAGACGAUAAGGGUAUGACUCGCGAAAUCUUCUCUUUAGAAAAUUUAAGGAGAAUAUGUUUGUCAUCAUAGGAGUAGUCAGAGGGGAACGAGAGUGACAGUGAAUGCCCCCUUCUUCUUGAAGAAUUUUUAGGAGAUAAUUCGCAAAGUAUAAUUGAUUUUAUUUUUAACUAUGGUUUACCAAUGAGAAUCCCUAGAUUAUUUAGGCGGAAUUUUGAGAAAAACUCUGAGAAAAAUUAAGGAAGUUUAUAAAAGUGGGUAAGGUUGGGAAGAUUGAGAAAACUUCAAAGAAAGAAAUUAUUAAACACUUCAAUCAAACGAAACAAAAUUCCGAUCUAAUAAAAAAUCCUCAAAAUAAUAAGACCUAUUUUUUUAUAUGGACUGAGGCUUGUGAGAUUUAAAACUUGGAAUGAAUUUCGGUACGCCAAACAUGAAAAAAUAGAAAAUUUCAAGAUUGUUAAAGUGACUAUAAUAAAAAAAAUUGCCCGUCUAUUUCGAAACCUAGAUUGUCAGAAUUAGCCACUUACAAGUAUUUGAAAGUACAUGGAAAGAUCUUCAUUGAUUUUAUCAGAGCGAUACUAUAUCAACAUUCAUAUAGGAUAUUGCCAUCAAACAUCUGAUGUUACCAUUUGUGCUACUCUGUCGAAAUGUUUCUUAAUAUUAUGGAACUGUUCAAGUUGAAAUCUUCAGUUUUCAUUUAUCAAGAUACGCAGCUUAUUCAAAUAUUAUUCACCCAAUGAGCAAUACUUAUUAGACCAAAAUUUGUACACAUCUUCCAGUAAAUUUGAUAAUUACUGCUUUGCUUACACGUUUUGUAACAAAUCCAAAAUGCCAUUUGAAAAUGUGUUACCAAAGCUAAGAGACAUACACACAUACACACACACACAAAUCAAACACAAAUUAAGGAAUAAAUCAACAAGAUGACUGUGAGCGAACCUAGCAUUAAGGCCAAAUUAGUUGCCGUCGAUGUUAUUAUCAUCAGUUUCAACACUUGAGAAUACAAUACACAUGUUCAAAGUAGGAUUCUAUAGAAAAUAAUAAGCAAUUGAACCCAAUACUCACCAAAAUAGCAACCAACAACCCCCCCAUUCGAUCAAAUUCCCCGAUAUGACUCAAUCCGACAAAAUCAGAUACCCAUCACUCUAAACAAAGGUUAGAAAUAGAUAGCAGAAAACCAAUUCCUUACGUCAAUUGCUUCAACAGAACAGUACACAAGACUACGAUAAACUAUUCCAGUUGAUACAAAAAGGAUAAAAUUGCAAUGCAAAUUGGCAUUCAUGCUUCCCGUUUUUGCUUGGAAAAUAAAAAUAAAAAAUCUUUCUGUUGUGAACUCGUGAUGCACUGAAAAAAAAACUGCUCUCAUAACAUCGUCUUAUUUCGCCAGAAGGUUGUUUUCUAAUAAGUGUGUAUUAUGACGAUUGAAAUCAUAUAAGACUCGGAAAUUAAAACCAGGGUGAUUCAAUUCAGUUUGAUUCUUCUACAUUUUAGAACGUUAGGAAGUGCCACUUUGGCAUUACUCAUCCCAUUAUACGAUUGGUUUACUCUACCUUUAGAGGAGUUAGUAUUAACAACAACAAAAAGAACCCAAAACAGAAACCUAGCUUAACUAUGAAGAAGAAAAAAACUAAUUGUGGCUUAACAAACUUUCAAGAAGAAAACAUAAAAGAUUUUACCUUCGGGUGAAAAAUAAACCGGAAAAUGUUAUUAUAUAAUAGCACACCUUAGAGGGUUGAAACCAAGUUUAACUGAAACGUUUGAGCGUUGUUCUCCCCCAUUGGUGGGAAGCUUUCGUUGGAAAAGUUUUCCUGUAAAGUAUGUAAAAAUCUACUACGCUAAUAAUCCUCCCCAAUCCCCGAAAAAAAAAACCAACCCAUUUAGCACUGAUUAGGAAAAUUGAAUCUACCGCAAAAGAAAUACAUUAUCGUGUAGGACAAAGUAAGAAACAUUUAACGUGUUGACGGUCUUUGUAAAAGGCCUCCUCAGCUUUAGAACAGUCGUUUCUGUGGGAAACUCAAAAAAAAAAGUUAAUCGUUGCAACCGAAAACUUAUGACAACCCCCCAAGUCAGUUUUGGAAGCGUUGGUUUGGAACAGAAUCAGAAGAAGAAAAAACUCAAACGAACAAAAGUACGUAAAAUCGUAAAAUAUCCAUGUUCCCACCCCUGUCCCUACUACAAAUAUGUUGCGUUUUUAAACCACACAUACACACACACACACACACACAUACACAAACACAUUGUCCCAUUUCAACUCCAAACAUAUUGUGAAGGAAAUUUUACGAAACACUCACACAGGUUCUCUCAAAAAACACGCAAAGGCCCUGGCUGCCCUGACUACUCUAUAGAUAUGUUGCAAAUAGUGUAAAUUAUAAACA